AUGGCAUCUACAACAAACAGCUCACUCCCAAAGGGGUGGCCUGCUAUAGUCUUAUUUGGAGAUAGCAUUACCGAAGGCGAGUACCUUAUCUCGCAUUGCCCCGCUCCUCGCAUAUGGCACUAUGAUUCCGGGUAUAGCUUGGGGGCUGUCCUCACCGAAAAGUUCUCCCGGAGAAUACAGGUCCUAGAAAGAGGUUUCUCAGGCUACAACUCAUCCAAUGCCAGGGUCGUCGUUGAUGACGUUAUCCCGCCGGCAGGAGGGGCAAUCGACCUGAAAUUAUUGCUGGUCUUUUUCGGCGCGAAUGAUGCCGUCCUACCUCCAGACCAGCAGAUUGUCAGCGAAGAACAGGCCCAGAAGGGAGUCAUGGUGGUGUCUCAGCAUGUUGACAUCGAAGAAUACAAAGUCCAUCUGAGAGCUAUAGCGCAACAUAAAAAUGUAAAGGAUCAUGGCGCGAAAGUUGUCCUUGUCACACCUCCACCGAUAUGUGAGCACAAGAUCCUCCCGUGGAAGGAUCGCAGGUCAGCGGUUGCAAAGCAGUAUGCUGAAGCUGCUAUCUCCGUGGCAGAAGAAACCGGAGUCGAGGUCUUGAAGCUCUGGCAUGUGUUUAUGGAAGAAGCCGGAUGGAAGGAGGGCGAACCAUUAUUGGGAGAGAUCGGUGUUCCAAAGUCAGAGAAACUGGGUGAGCUGUUGAGCGAUGGCCUCCAUUUAACACCUAAGGGAUACAAACUUUACUUUGAAAGUCUGGUGAAGCUCUUGGAAAAUAAACUUCCGGAUAUUUAUAAUCACAAACGGAUAUUCCCUAACUGGGGUGAGGCACCGAGAUACCAGAAACCAGACAACUAG